AUGGUGUCUGGUGUGGUCCAGAGGGGCACUCAAUUGGCGACAGAACAGAUCAAACUCCCUCCCCUCAGAGACCAUCAUGUGGCCGUCAAGGUUGAGUGGGCAGCUUUCAAUCCAACAGAUCGGCUCGCAUUCGAUCUCAACGCAUUUGGGGACGGCGCUGUGCUGGGCUGUGACUUUGCAGGUGUCGUUGUAGAAACACACCCGUCCGUCACCAGACUGGCUGUCGGCGACCGAAUUGCUGCCCUUGUAUGGGGUGGCGAGAUCAAAGGGCUCGGGGCAUAUUCGACACACUGCCAUGCCGACGAACGCAUCUCCUUCAGGGUCCCCGACACAUUCAGCCACUCGAGCGCAUGCUCCGUCCCUCUCGCUGCGAACACUGCCUGGCUUGCGCUGUUUUCUCAGGACUGCCUCGCGCUGGGCAGAGAGACUACCGCUCUAAGGCCACCCAUCCUGAUCUGGGGAGGAAGCUCCACUGUCGGCUACUUCGCCAUCCAGAUGGCGAGGUUGCACGGCCAUGCCGUCAUCACGACAUGCAGCCCCCGCAACUUUGAGUUGGCGAGACGAGCGGGAGCGACUCACGUCUUCGACUAUAACGAUCCAGAAGUCACAGCCAAGAUUCGCUCCGCUGCACCGGACUUGGCUCACGUUUUCGAUACCAUCGGUUCGGCGACGUCCUCGGCUACGGCAUGCGAGGCGAUCGACGGCCGGCCUGGAGUCUUGUGCACCGUCCGGCCGGGCAAGGCCAACACGGGGAACGUGCCGCAGAACGUCCAGGUCACGGAUGUCUUCGUGUUCACAGCCUUUCCGACGCCGCAUUCGUACCGGGGGGCGGCACACUGGCCCAUCAACAUGCCGGACCAUGAACUGAGCGUUGAGCUGUACGAUCAACUGCCGACGCUCCUGGCGGAGGGGAAGCUCGUGCCUCCAGCGGUCAAGGUUGUGGGGGAGCUGGGUCCAGAGACCGUUGCCGAGGCCAUGAAUCUCAACCGCAGUGGCAAGAUAUCGGGGGAGAAGCUUUGCUUCAAGUUGUCGGUGGAUGCUGCUGACGAGACUGAGGGUGCAAAGUGA